CCAUUGUUAUUACGCAUUCGAGACCAUGGAAAAUACUUACAUCUCGCGCAAAGUUCGCGAAGAAAACGCAAAGUUCAGUCGUUUAAACGUAAUUAUAAUAGGAGGAGGUCUGGUCGGUUCUCUUUGUGCUUGUGUGUUUGCAAAAAGGGGAUACAAAGUCACUUUGUAUGAAAAAAGACCAGAUCCAAGAAAAACUACUGCUUGUAAUGGCCGAUCUAUUAAUCUGGCAUUGUCCCAUCGAGGCAGAAAGACACUGAGAUUAGUUGGACUGGAAUUGAGCAUAAUGGAAAGCUCUAUAGCCAUGAAGGGACGCAUGAUUCAUCCUGUAGCCGGCGAAACCAGCUCUAUACCAUACGACCUUGUAAAUAAUCAGUGUAUAUAUUCAGUUGGAAGAAAUUUUCUUAACCAAAUUCUUUUAAAUGCUGCCGAAAAACACGAAGGCGUCACUCUGGUGUUUAAGCAUAAAUUGAGCGAUGUUAAUUUUGAAGAAAACACUCUGAAACUGAUUAAUCAAGAAACCAAAGAAAUAAUCACGGAAACAGCCGAUCUAAUAAUCGGUGCAGACGGAGCAUUUUCAUGCUUACGAGGUUUUAUGCAAAAACGCUUUUUGUACGAUCUCACCCAGUCAUACAUUGAGCACGGCUACAUGGAGCUGCGUGUACCGGCCAGCAGAGGACACAAACUCCGUAACAACCAUCUGCAUAUUUGGCCCAGAGGAACAUUCAUGAUGAUUGCUCUUCCCAAUCAAGAUAGUUCUUGGACAGUAACCCUAUUCAUGCCGUUCAAACAAUUCAAAUCCAUUACAGAUCCAGAAAAACUCCUUAAUUUUUUCUCAAACACCUUCACAGAUGCGUUAGAACUCAUAGGAAAAGAAGAAUUAGUCCAAACAUUCUUCACCAGCAAUCCUGCACCGUUGAUAACUGUGAAAUGUGGUCAGUACCAUAUGGGUGAUAGAUUUCUGAUAAUCGGUGAUGCAGCACAUGCUAUGGUACCGUUUUAUGGCCAAGGUAUGAACGCUGGUUUUGAAGACUGCACUAUUCUAAACAACCUGCUGAACGAACACAAAGACAACGUCAAGGCUUCCAUUGAAGCAUUUUCUGAGCAAAGACGCCAAGAUGUGCAUGCUGUAUGCGAUUUGGCUUUGUACAAUUACAAGGAAAUGAGGGAUUUAGUCACAACUCGUUCGUUUAAGUUCAGAAAAACUCUGGAUGGAGUUUUAUCAAAAUGGUUACCGGAAAUAUGGACACCUUUGUACAAUUCGGUCAGUUUUAGUCAUAUGGAGUACCAUAAGUGUUUGGAGAAUAAGCUUUGGCAAGAUAAGGUUUUAAAGCGAAUAUUCCAGAUGAUUUCAACUAUACUAAUUCUAGUUUUUGCCACCAUAAUAUACGUUUUUUUAAGCGUAAAGUAACUUUUUAUAUGUAAUUUAAUUUGUAACGUAUGAUCGAAAAAAACGGCGUGUCAUAGACAACUUAAACGAAGAUGAGAUGAAUGAUUAAAAAACAAUACCCCCCCCCCGUUUUCAGACGUACAAAAUCUAUUUCCAAAAAUAUUUUUUUUCUGGAAUUUUAAACUACGCCAUUUAAAAAUCAUUUCCACUGAAUAUAAAAAUAAAUCACAGCCUUUUUAAAGCCAACUAGCAGUAAGCACAAGAGUACGGACCAAGUAAAUAACAUCUAGGGCUUGACCUCGCCAAAUUUAUCAUCGAUUGCCAUUCCCCAGCCGUCUUUGACGCCGUUUUUUUUUCGAUCGAUUGGUACAAAUCCUCAUUCACUAUGUAAUUUGUCUUAUUCGAUUAUUUAAAGCAAUAUUAGUCCUAAAAAAAAUAUACAAAGUUAAAUAUUCUUUAUUUACCGGAGAAAUAAUUCCCUCUAUUGUUAAAAUAGUUAAUAAAACUUAUGGUGUGUAUUUAUAAAAGAGAUUUUGUAUAUCGUUCACUUACAGACAUUAUAGAGGAUGCAAUAAAACAUUUUCGACAUUUAUUCAGGUAUUUUUUUAAGCAGUUUAUACUGUGUGAGACGUACCAAAGGGUUUAUUUGAACCUUACAAAAACACUUACAUAUGUAUGUAAAUUAUAUAUUAUAAAUAUUUAUCCCAUAAUCUAUUUUAACGUUGUAUUGUUCUACUUUUUGUUAUAAGUGUGCAUGUGUAACGUAAACAUUAGUGUUAUUC